CUCUGGAUAAAAGAGAGAGAGGAAAUCUAACAUUUGAGAAGAGAAGAAAUGGAUAGAUUUUUCGGGAAUGCGUACAGAGGAGACCCUGGAGUUCCACAUGCAGACCCAGAACGAUUCGGAAAUAUAUGGAUCGGUUCACUUGCUUUCUCUGCUAUCACUUGGUUCAAUCCAUACAUUUGGCAACUCUCUAAUCAAUCCAAUUGGCAUGACCGGGCAAUGAUAUUCGAACAGUACCACUGGAAAAAAGCACUCCAGAAGAAACAGCCUUAUAAGUUUAAGUGGAACGAGAUGGACAAGGAAGUGCGUGACUCAUACUACUUCAACUGGCCCGUUUACUUCCCUUAGAUCAAGGACACACAUCAAUACAUUAUCAGCUAUCUCAGUAUCUUGGUUUACAUUUUCAGCGAUGUAUUUUUAUUUGUGCAGCACCUUGUUUUUGGACGCUUUCAACAAAUGAAGUUAUGUUUUCUUUAUAUUAUGUUAAUUCCUAGUAAAACACAAAGCUAUGAUCUCAUGUUAUCAACUGUAAUCUUCAAGGUUCCUCCUAAUCAGCAAAAUGCAGGUUUUUUGCC